AUGGCAGCUUCAGCAGGAGGGAAAGUCUUGCUGCUGGAGUCCUUAGAUCCCAUCGACAUUCCGAUGGUGAGGUACUUGUUGGAUCAUUGUUCAGACGGCAAAAAGGCCGGUGGGCGCUGCCUGAUGCAAAUGACGACCAUCCAACUGGUCGUCGCAGUCUCGCUUUUUUGUCUUCUGGCUUUCAGUCUCCCGUUGCCGCGACCGAGUGAAGGUUUAUGGGCCAACUGGGUGUUCCUAGUCUUCACACACCCGGCGCUCAACUACAUCGCGGCCUGGUUCAACUUGAAACAAAUCUCUCGGGCCCUCCCCCGCCAGGAACGUGUUGAAUUCGAGCACCGCCUGCCGGUCGUAGCUCUCAUUCUACCUUGCCUUUGUGCACUGAUCCAUAUCGCCUUCUACUUGGCAGGCUUCUUCCCGACCCCGGUGUCUAUCUUCACCUCGUGUGUGCCUGCAGGCCUGUCUACCAGCAUCAUUGCUAUCUACCUGUCGCCAGGGCAACGAGAGGUCUUAGUGCGGUCAACCGUGCACAUGCAUGUCAUUAUGAUCCUGCUCUUUGUGCAGAUCUGCUUCCACAUUUUCCAGUGGAGGGCUUUCCCAUACAUCACUGCUCUUGAGCAGUCGUUCUCGGUGGUGCUGGUCUCUCUGGUACCGUUCGUACUCUCAAGAGCCUGUGUGGCGUUCGGCGACAGGUUGUGCAAACUACCGCGGAAGUAUCUGGAAGAGAGCAAGAUCCACUUUGCUUUCCUUUCAUUCCUGUUCUCAGCGUUGCUCAUGUCAUCGGCAAGAAACCUGACGGCAGUGAUGGUGAUUGUAAUGGUGGAUGCAGCCAAGGCACUCUUCACAGGACUCGGACUUCUGGAGAAGACAACACAGGUUUGCUUCGGGCCCAGGCACUCCCUGAAGCGGCGCAUUGAGCAGUACCACGAGCUCUUGCAGAGGCUGAAGUUUCUGCAUGUCAGUACGAAGAGCAUGAAGUCAGAGCAACUCUGGGACGUGUACACCACCCCAAUUGAUGCAGAGACCUAUCUUCAGUUCAGUACUGGCUUCGUCAACCUCGCAGUCGUAGAACUCUGCGAGCUCAUGGUGCCUGUAAUCUUCAUCUUCAUGUACGCAUUGUUCAGCAACGACGUGUUGGGUGCGAAUCGGAACUACUUCUUGCUCUAUGCCGACGAAGGUGGUGAUGAGUCCAUGGUGAACGGGAUCAUGGGUAACCUCGUGGCACUGAGUGUCGAAGCAUUUGUCUUCAGCGUGCUGGAGUUGGCAACGAGGGUCGGCACGGGCUUCAGCAUCUUCUACUUUGCGAGCUUCCGGGAAAAUGAUUGA